CACAAGAAUCAAAUAAAGUUUUUUAUUAUUAUUGGACAAAUCAAGCCAAAGACAUGGUGUGAGAGCGAAUCUUCACACAAGAUAGGCGAGUUAUUUAAGAGCGAAUAAUGAAUGGUGCGAAGCGUUGUUUGACCGAAAUCCGAGAUAUCAUCCAGAUUUAAGGCAAAACAACAUGGCUGCAAGAGGGCGAAGACAAUUCAAGCCACAGCCUGGUUUCCAGGCUCAACAAGAUCAAAAAGAAGGGGUGCAUGCCAGUAUAUUGAAACAAGCCAGGAAGUCAGGCCAGCUGAAUCUAUCUGGGAGAAGUCUUACAUCCAUACCUGAUAAAGUAUGGCGUAUCAAUAUAGAUGUUCCAGAGGAAGGAAAGACAGUUUCGAUGGAUGAUGCUGAUGAUAGAUGGUGGGAACAGACUGACCUUACCAAACUUAUUCUUGCAUCUAAUUGGCUCACAGAGCUGUCUGAAGACAUAGUCAAUCUUCCAGCUUUAACUGUACUAGAUGUACAUGAUAAUAGACUGGAGAGUUUACCGAAGGCAGUUGGAACAUUACAAAAUCUACAGAAGCUUGAUGUAAGUCGGAACAAAUUAACUGAGCUCCCAGAAUGUGUUGGUCAAAUUAAGAGCUUGAAGAGCUUACAUGUUGAGUAUAACAAGUUGAGACAAAUGCCAGCAGACAUUGGGGACCUCUUAUUUCUGGAGGACCUGGACAUGUCAAACAAUGAGUUAACAAGUUUACCAGGCAGCAUGGGAGGUCUUAGCAAGAUUAUAAAACUAAAUGUAUCCAAUAACAAACUAAAAUCAUUACCCGGAGAACUUGCCACCAUGAAUGCAUUACGACAGAUUGAUGCCAAUCAUAAUGAAAUCAGCAGUUUACCCCCAGAGUUAGGAACAUUAUUACAUCUAGAACAACUUUACCUAAGACAUAACAAACUAACACAUUUGCCUGUACUCAAAGACUGUUCAUCUCUGAAAGAAUUACAUCUAGGUAAUAAUCAAAUGACUGACAUAACAGCAGAACACAUACAACAUCUUCCAGCAAUAUCUGUCCUUGACCUUCGUGAUAAUAAGAUAGGCAUGCUUCCAGACGAAAUAGCUCAACUUCAGUCUCUAGAGAGGCUUGAUGUUACGAACAAUGAUCUAGCUGGGCUUCCUUAUCAUCUUGGUACAGUGGCAUCCUUGAAGUCUAUUGUUGUUGAUGGUAAUCCAAUGAGGUCAAUUAGGAGAGAUAUAAUCAUGAGAGGCACACAGGAAAUAAAGAAAUAUUUACGAAGUAGAAUAGAGGAACCAUUAGACAUGCCAGCUGCAUCAACCAAUGGUGUUCAAAGCAAUAAAGGUCAAUCAGGGGUCAUUGGGGGCACUAGUGAUGGAGUCAAUGCUCAUGAUGUUAUGCAAAUGAAGAGUCUUGAUUACAGUAAUAAGAAGUGUAAUCAGGUACCAGAUGAAGUAUGGAAACUAGCUGAAAGAGGGGAAAUAACUUCAAUAAACCUUAGCAAGAACUGCUUUACAGACUUACCACAAGGGAUCAUGUUAGUAUCAGAUUAUCUAAAGGAGCUCAACCUGGGAUUCAACAAGCUCACCUCUCUACAUUCAGAUAUUGGAUUGUACUUUAAACUGACAACUGUAGAUUUGAGAAAUAACCAGCUGACUGAUCUGCCUAGUGAGAUGUCCUCACUCGAAAGUUUUCCAUCUAUUUUGUUUUCAAAUUUCAGGUUAACCAAACUUCCUGCUGUUCCUGUAUACAUUAAACCUAAGUUAGAGAUCUUGUUUGCCAAUUUGAUAACAAAGAUUGAGACUAUUGACCCACAAGGGAUGAAACAACUCGCCUCAUUGGCUACUCUUGAUCUUCAAAACAACAACAUAGGACAGGUUCCUCCAGAACUCGGUCUCUGUAAACAAAUCAAAUCACUUCAACUCAGUGGAAAUGCAUUUAGAAUUCCGAGACCUGCAAUCUUAGCCAAAGGAACAAAUGCCACCCUGGAGUUUUUACGAAGUAGAAUAGCUGAAUAAAUGUAGGUGGUAACCAUGGUGACAUCGUAAAGAAAGUGUGUCACUUGACAGCUAAAAAUACAUUGUGAAAAUGUUAUAACUGAUGAUUAUAACUGAUGAGAAUGCAUUUUUUCUGGUGGCAACAGAGUUAAACAGACCAAUAUCUUUUUAGAUGAUUUUUACACAAAAUGAAAGUCUUGUAAGUGAUGUAAUAUAAAUAAAGAGUUUGACAAAGGUUGUUACUCCGGUAAUUUGAAUUAUUUUGUCUCAAUUAUAGCACACUGUGGAAAAUAAAAAUGUUAUAAUAAAGAGUAUCGCAAAAAGUUAUAUAGAAUUAUAAGAUAUGUUUGCAGUUCAAAUAUUUUGUUGAUUAUCUGUGAUAAACUAAAGUGCUUAUAGAUUUAUAAAAUGUGUUUGUGUCUUAGAUUUAAAAUGACUUUUCUAUAGUUUUAUACAGUGAAUUUGUUUACUUUUGUUUUCUUUAUGUUCAUUUCAUGUGUUCCAGGUUAGCUAAUAUCACUGUGUUCUUUCUGAUUGCUGUUUUCAUCACUAGCUAAUGUGUUCUUUGUGUUUAUUACAUUUUUGAAGAAUAAAUAAUUUUUGAAAU